AUGGCUUGGGAUUCGACUGGUCAGGAGGGGGUUUAUGCGUGGUCUAAGUACUUUGGCGAUGAAGCCAACGUCAACAAAACCCUCGCUUCGAUACGUGGGUAUAUGCCUACAGUAGCUCAUUGGGCUUGGAACGGCAAUGCUCGACGAUACUGGGACUUCAUCUACGCCGCCAAACUCGGCCGUAUCGAACGUAUGAUACACCACUACGGUUCAGGCCUCAACGCCAUCCCUCUCCUAGACGCCUACAAAUACCACCCUUCCCCAUCCGACCACGCGGCUUUCCAUGAUCUGCGCGUCGGAUAUGGAGGAACGAUGGGCGCGACCACGAAUAUCAAUUCUGAAGGUUUUGGUUCCGUGGCUUUUCAUUCGUUUCCCGAGACGAUGAAGUGGGAUGCUUAUUCUGGGGAUUAUGGAUGUAGUWUUCUGGGUCAUGUUCUUGCUUCGAGGACUUAUCUGGUUGAUCAUGCGGCUUUUGGCUGGGUGGUUUUUGGGGGGAAUGUUGUGGAGGAGGUAAAGAGUGAUGGGAAGGUUGUUGUUGAGCCGUUGGAUACUGUGCGGAGGAGGAUAUAUGUUGCUUCGAUGGGGUUGGCUGUGGAGUUUGAUGCCGGGGUCAUUGGUACUUUUGAAUAUGAUCCGGUUGAGGGGAUGUUGGUUGUGAAUGUUGAGAGGGGGGAGGGGGAGAGUGGGGUUGUUGCGACCAUGUUGUGGGAGGAUGCUUUGGGUUUGGGGGUUAGACUUGUGACUCGGGGGUUGGAGGAGAGAUAUGGUGGACUUGCGGUUGCUCUUCCGGGGUGUGUGGAAUUCUCCGUGUGA